AUGUCCACCACUACCCCCCAGCCUACCUCAUCUCCCCUGCGCUCAUUUCCCACCUCCGGCUUCGAGGUCCUCGAUCCCUCGGUGCCCGUCGAGGAGGAGACCUUGCCCACCUACAGUGCAGAGAAGUACUACCCCGUGCACAUCGGGGAGGUCCUGGGCGAUCGGUACCAAGUGGUUGCAAAGAUUGGAUUUGGUGUGACAUCUACAGUCUGGCUUGGUCGUGACAUUAGCACCUCCCAAUAUGCCGUCUUGAAAGUCUACGUCACAGGAAGAGAACGGAACCAUGAAAUCGAGGUGUAUGAACGCAUCGAGGCGACCCAAACAGAUCAUCUUGGUAAAUCCUGCAUCCGCAAGCUCCUAGGUCACUUUUCCAUCGACGGGCCCCAUGGCCGCCAUGUUUGUCUGGUUCACGAACCCCUCGGGCUGAGCCUGUAUGAAUAUCUGUUUUUCCUUCCGGGGAGGAUCAUGGAAUUCGAGUCGAUGAAAGCGUGUUUGAGGCAGGUGAUUGCUACCCUGGAUUGGCUGCAUACUGAGGCGGGGGUUAUUCAUACCGAUUUGCAACUGAAAAAUCUCCUCCUCCCCGGAAGCCCAACAUACCUCUCCCGGGCCGAAACGGUCGAAAUGAACUCCCCCACGCCCAGGAAAGUCCUAGAUGACGGACGACGCACCAUCCACACCAGCCAGAUUGUCGUUCCGGGCAACGGACUACCCCUUCUCAGCGACAUGGGCGAAUGUCGGUUCGUCUCGACGGAGAAACAGUUCGAUGAGAUCAUGCCGAACGCGUACCGCGCCCCGGAGGUGAUCCUUCAUAUGGGCUGGGAUGAGAAGGUAGAUAUUUGGAAUGUGGCUAUGCUUGCGUGGGAUAUUGUUUCCUCGCGAUGUCUCUUCCAAGGCUGGAACGCGGAUGAUAUCUUCGCUGAUCGUGUUCACGUCGCCGAGAUGGUGGCCCUGCUGGGACCCCCGCCGAGGGACUUUGUUGAGAGGAGUAAAGUCGGGCAUGUGUUUUGGGAUGAAAAUAACACGUGGAAAGACCUCGCGCCAAUUCCUGACAUUACACUGGAGAGUCUGGGAGCGAAGUUCAAGGAAGAGGAGAGGGACAAGCAGGGAUUCUAUCGCUUUCUUCGGAAAGCCCUGCAGUGGAAGCCUGAGGAUCGACCGACAGCGAGGGAGUUGAUUAACGAUGAGUGGUUGUUGGAGGGACUAGGGAUUCCGAAACGGGAUGAGGUGCAGUAAAUUCUGUUUCUGAGGAUGUGUUUUCUGGUGGGAUGUAUGGUAGAUUUACAUAUCAUCUUCUCUUGUCUUUUUUUAUUCACCGUCUCGAUGAUAUCUGGUUCUGGUUCCCCUCUCCACUCCCUUCUCUCUUCCUCCUCGGCAC